UCAAAUAGAACUCAUGAUGGCCUGCACUGCCUUGGUUUAUGUUAUAAUGGUUUUUUCCUGCCUUAGGAAUAUUGAUGAUAAUAAGCAAAUUGCUUGCAGGAAGACCCAAAUAGAUGUUACCAAUCAAAACACAUUAUGGAGAUGUAAUUUGUUUGAGAUACCCAACUUAACUAUCAAUAACAAAGAAGUAUGUGCUACUUAUCUUUCUCCAGGGCCUCUGAUAAUCAUAUCUCCAAACCUGGUGAGAUUUGGUGUUGAAUGCAAAGCAACUAUGCUGAGGAAGAAAUUCAGUGUCCUGGAAAAAAGGAACCAACCUAGUAAGAUGCUUUCAAGAAUCUCAGUUUUCCUUUUCAAGCAGUUUCUUUGCAUAAGAAUGGCACUACACACGUAUUUGUUCAUGCUUAUGGUGGUACCCAAAUUCAAACUGACUGUUUGAAAGAAAGAAGACAGAUUCCCCAGUUACCAAAAAGAAAAUUGGAAAAUAUGUACUACAGAAGGGAACAUGUUUAUCAUCUCAGAUAAAAGCCUUUUGUAUUACAAAUGUUAUUGAACAAUGCUAUUAUGAUUCUAGUUCCAUGGUAGUUCAGUUGUUUGAAGGCUUCAAAGUAUAGACUUUACAAUGAUAAAAACGUAUUAAGACAUAUUAUAAGAAGAUCUAUAUUACAAAAGAAUUAUGCAUCUAA